CCUUGUCCGGUGGCGGGCCUUGAUUUCCUUCCGAGAGUUUCCUCACCGCCAGCGCCACGACGCCCUACGAACGCGGUUGGUGGCCUGCGUUACGGACCGCGCGGAUCCGGCGGUUAAAUCGCCCUAAACUCACUCCACCACCAGUACCUCUCUCACACGCGCCUUCAUUUCCUUCCCUCCCUCCUUCCCUGAGCCAGCCAGCCAGCCUUGACUGUUGCUUCGCGGCGCCGCCCCCCGCCUCCCUCUCACCCGCAGCGUCCAGAACAAUCCCUCCCUCCCCCGCUCCGUCCGUCGACAACGUCGACGCACCGACCGACCCGUCGAUUCCCCGCCACCUUCCCCUCCCUCCGCUCCGUCACCCCCCACAUUCCCCGCAUCUCGAUCGAACCUCUCUCGCCUUUUACCGCCCACCCAGCCCUUCGCCCGCUCCCGAGAAAGAUAACCAGGACGGACGGGCGGACGGGCGGACGGAGGAGGGAAAGCAAGCGCGGCGCGCAACCGGAGCAGUGGUCCGGCCGGAGCACGGGAGCGGAGCCCGCAGCGGAGCGCCGGCCGGCCGCGCAGGCGGAUCGGGGAGCUGGUGGCCGUUUCGGUUGCAGAGCCGUGUCCGUAACCGUACGUGCGUGCCAUGAAGAAGAAAGACGCGGGAGGAGGCGGCGGCGGCGGUGGCGGUGGGGCGUUCGUCGCCGCCCCGUGCGUCGACAUCAAGCUCUUCGUCGCCUCGCUCGCCUUCCUCACGCUCUUCGUCGCAUUGUGGCAGCUCCAGCCCUACGGCUCCCUCCUCGCCGCCGCCCGCUCCUCCGCCUCCGCGCCCCCAUGCGCCCUCCCCCUCGCCAACAACACUAAGGUCCACUCCGCCAACUCGACGUCCUCCGACGCAGCUACCAAGACCGCACCGGUGGCGACGUCGGCUCCGGCCAUCCCCGCCGCCGCCGCCGCUGUUCCGAUGCAGCUGGCGAAGCCGGCGGCGCGGGCGGAGGACCCGAACACGAACAAGCCGGUGCUCCCUCGGCCGCACGUCAGCUCGGCGGCGCGGGCGGAGCAGCCGAACAAGCCGGUGCUCCCUCGGCCGCACGUCAGCUCGGCGGCGCGGGCGGAGCAGCCGAACAAGCCGGUGCUCCCGCGGCCGCACGUAACCGCGGCGGCGCGGGCGGAGGAGCCGAAAAGGCCGGUGCCCCGGCCGUCCGGCAGCGCGGCGGUGCGCCCGGAGGACCCGAACAAGCGGGUGCUCCGGCCGUACGGCAGCGCGGCGGCGCUGUUCGUGCAGAUGGGCGCGUACCGGGGCGGGCCGCGGACGUUCGCCAUCGUGGGGCUGGCGUCCAAGCCCACGCACGUGUUCGGCACCCCCUACUUCAAGUGCGAGUGGCAGCCCAACCCGAGCGCCGCCGACCCGGCGCCGCGCGCCGUCCGGACCAAGGCCUACAAGAUCCUGCCAGACUGGGGCUACGGCCGCGUCUACACCACCGUGGUCGUCAACUGCACCUUCCCGUCCAACCCCAACGCCGCCAACGCCGGCGGCAGGCUGCUCGUGCACGCCUACCACUCCACCGCCUCCCGCCGGUACGAGCGGUUCGUCGCUCUCGAGGAGGCGCCGGGCGCCUACGACGAGGCCGCCUUCAGCCCGCCGUUCCAGUACGACUACCUCUACUGCGGCUCCUCGCUCUACGGCAACCUCAGCGCGGACCGCAUGCGGGAGUGGGUGGCGUACCACGCGCACUUCUUCGGGCCCAGGUCGCACUUCGUCUUCCACGACGCCGGCGGCGUGAGCCCGGAGGUGCGGGCGGUGCUGGAGCCGUGGAUCAGGGCGGGGCGGGUCACGGUGCAGGACGUCCGGGCGCAGGCCGAGUUCGACAGCUACUACUACAACCAGUUCCUGGUGGUGAACGACUGCCUGCACCGGUACCGGCACGCCGCCAACUGGACCUUCUUCUUCGACGUCGACGAGUACCUCUACCUGCCCAACGGCCAGGCUCUGGACCAGGUGCUCGGGAGGCUCUCGGGGUACACGCAGUUCACCAUCGAGCAGAAUCCCAUGUCCACCAAGCUCUGCGUCAAGAAUCCGAGGAACGAUUACUCAAGGGAAUGGGGAUUCGAGAAGUUCGUGUUCCGGAACUCAAUCACGAGGGUGCGGCGCGACCGCAAGUACGCGAUCCAGGCGCGGAACGCGUACGCGACGGGGGUGCACAUGUCGCAGAACAUCUACGGGAGGUCGACGCACAAGACGGAGGCCCUGAUCAGGUACUACCACUACCACAACUCCAUCAACGUGUUGGGUGAGCCCUGCCAGGAGUUCGUGCCGCGGCCCGGCAGCGGCCGCAAGGUCACCUUCGAGGGCGUCCCCUACGUGUACGACGACGCCAUGAAGCGCCUCGCCGGCGAGGUCCGGCGGUUCGAGAACGAGACCAUCGGAUCGUCGUCUCUUACAUGAUAAUUACAAGCAGCUGCUGGGUGGUGGCCGCUGCCUGCUGGUGCUGGUACAUAUACGCUGAUGUUUUAUUUAGGAUGUGUGGACUGGAGAGUCUGUUUUAUUAGAAGAGGCAGGUCGGCCGGUGUAAAGUUUUGGUUCUUCGUUGGGCCGGCCCUUCAGUAAUGGGGAUCUGCUUUUUGCUGCGUUUUCUUCACCUUUUUCUGCCUGUCCCCCACAUUCGUUUACAGAUCUGUGUGUGUAGACUGAUGAUGUUGGCUUUUUACUGCUGCUAGAUUCUUUCAUCUCCUUCUGGGGUCACAUA